GUGGAGCAUCCGGCUGCGCAUGCGCCCUGAGUCACCGGCUCCGACGGGGUUGGUGAACUGGCUCCCGGCAGUGUAGCGGGAUGGUUCCUAGGUGUCAGAUCGAAGUGUUGUAUUUUGCAAAAAGUGCUGAAAUCGCUGGCGUUCGCUCCGAGACCAUCUCUGUGCCACAGGAAAUCAAGGCAUCACAGCUGUGGCAGGAGCUAGAGACUCUCCAUCCUGGGUUGGCUGAUGUUAGAAACCAGGUGAUAUUUGCUGUUCGUCAAGAGUAUGUCGAGCUUGGAGAUCAACAACUCCUGCUUCAGCCUGGAGACGAAGUUGCCAUCAUCCCACCAAUCAGUGGAGGAUAGUGCGUCUGAGCCAUCGGGGUAUGAGGCGAAGGACCCUCCACAGGAUACCUUGUGUGUGGUUUGCCGUUACUGUCUCUUUGAAAGAUGUGGAUGAUGUGCUGGAGAAACCUAAGGACAUAAUACAGUUCACUGCCAAGAAGCUCUCAGUGGGGGAAGUGUCACAGCUGGUGGUGUCCCCUCUGUGUGGCGCAGUGUCUCUCUUUGUAGGGACUACAAGAAAUAACUUCGAAGGCAAGAAAGUCAUUAGCUUAGAAUAUGAAGCAUAUCUACCCAUGGCAGAAAAUGAAAUCAGAAAAAUUUGCAAUGACAUUCGACAGAAAUGGCCAGUGAGGCACAUAGCGGUGUUCCAUCGGCUUGGUCUGGUUCCAGUGUCAGAAGCAAGCACAGUUAUUGCUGUGUCCUCAGCUCACAGAGCCGCGUCCCUUGAAGCCGUGAGCUACGCCAUUGAUUCUUUAAAAGCCAAGGUGCCCAUAUGGAAGAAGGAAAUAUAUGAAGAAUCAACAUCAUCUUGGAAAAGAAACAAGGAAUGCUUCUGGGCAGCUGAUGACUAGUCAAGUUUUGGUGCACUGAAUCUUAAAUUUGGUAAAUAAUCGCUUAGGUUACACCAAUGGAGAGCUAGGGAAGUGCCCAAGUGUGUGGGAUGAGGAGCUGCGUAGGACCUAAAGCUGGGAAGACAUGGCUUAACUUGAACCUUCUGUGACUAACUCCUAGUCGUAGCCAGCUCACAACGAGCUGCAGCCUUCCUUUCACCAUCAGCUGUCCCAGGAAGACCUACUGUCCCACAGGGUAUUGACGCAUCGUGAUAAGACAUGUGUUACAAAAAAUUGACGGAAUCAGAAAAUCAUUCUCAGUUGUGACAUUACAUAUUUUACAUAACUUAGAAGUGAACCUAAAUAAAUCAUGAUUUAAAUUAAAAAUAGAUUCUGUUUCUCUUUUAGUCAGUGAUAAUACCUAAGGGGUUUUACAUUACAGACACCUCUCUGACUUCAGAAUCCAUAAUUACACACAGUAAGGCUUUUUUUAUAUCUCAUUGGUUGUCAAUAUUCUCAUCACUGUACAGAUUAGCAUAAAACUGUUCUAAAACUAACCAGCAGCAAGGUGGUUUAUGUUAAAAUGAUGUAUGAUGCUUAAAAGUUGGCCCACAACUAUUUGAGGACACUGUGUAAUUAUUUACUAAAGUAGUUUGGAUAGUUUUCAUAAUGUUUAUGUAACACUGGCCUGUGUGAAAUUAUUACUAAACAAAUUAAAUUUUCUGCAAGAUUUUUAUACCAAA